AUGUCAACUCCGCCGUCUAAUCCGGCUAAUGAGCCAUACUCUCCGCUGUCAAAUCCGCGAAGAAAGGCUUACGUCCUCCUCUCCGGGCUGCUAUCCGACCCUGGCCUUGUCUACAGUGACUUCACAAAGGGCUUUAUCAUGCGUCAUCUGGUUGACCUAGUCUCUUCCGACGUUCUUCUGCAGUACAAAAUCGAGCCGGUUGAGCACAACGGCUCCUCCGUCAAUCUGCUUCAGGCGUAUGGAUCUAUCCCGUCCUCGGUUGUCACCAUCUGCUUCCCGCAGGAUUACCCUCAUCGCUGUCCUAGAGUCCGCGUGAAUCCCAGAGACGAUGCGGUCUUCAGUGACACCAGCUGUGUCGAUUCUUCUUCUGGUGCGGUGUCUCACGCUUAUCUCGGCUCUUGGAAAUGCCAUGAAUCCAACCUCGCAUCGCUCGUCGAGGAACUCAGCAGAGAAUUCACUAGCCAUCCGCCUCUUACCUUCCCUCAUUUGAAAGGGGUUUUGACGCCUGAUCAGACAAAGUUGGCAAAGAUUCUAAUCGAAAAUGGUGGGAAGAAGCUUUAUGAGAGGUUUGGAGCUUUACCUCCGGAUUACCAAAAGGAAGUUUUCGAAGAGAUCACUAACAAAUAUCGAAGACAUCCUGAUUUAGCGACCUACAUCAAGAAUACGGAAACGAGGGUAGAAGCAUUCAUCAAGAAUGUGGAAGAUGUUGCUUCAAAGUAUCUCAAAGAACCAGUCUCUUGUGAUUCAUCUUCUGGUUCUGGGACGAAUGGUCAGAUGAGUCCUCUGCAGCAUUCUGGUCCCGCGGCUGUGUUAAAACCGGAAGCAGAGAAAGAGAUCUCCGAACUGUUUACCUCCACGUCUCAGCAAGAUCUUGCUUACAGUGACGCAAGCAGGGAGCUCAUCCAGAAGCACCUUCGUGAGCUUCACCUUCUUUACCCUGACAAGGUUACUGUGAAGCACGACUUGUCCAAGCCUUAUAUCGAGAUAGCUGUGAAGGUCCCAUAUUGCCUCGAGGGAAGUAGCAACAACUCUGCACCUGUCAACAUCUACCUCACAAAGCUCUACCCUGCUAGUCGUCCUCACGUUGGCUUGGAUUGCCCUAGCGAUCAAGUCAUUAAGGAGAAACGGCUGAGUGUCGCUCCUGGUGGUACCGUGUAUUUCAGCUAUCUCCGGACAUGGAAUGAGAAGGAAUCCGAUCUGGCUGGACUUGUCUCCUAUCUCAGCGCUGAAUUCACCUGUGAAGAGCCUCUGGAAAGCCGCUGA